CGUUGACACCACACCCUCUCGAGACGAUGAGCGGAUCCACCGAUGAUAUCGUUAGCCUUAUAUUACCACCAAAUGAAGCGGACCAAAUGGAUGGCCAACUGGUGUCGGACUACACGAGCCAACUGUCAUCGUUGGGCGUACGGGCGCUGACGGGUGAACCGCACCGCUUGGCCGACACCCGCGCGGCGGCCAUCGAUCGGACGCAACAGUUGGCGUACAAUCACUACAAGACAUUCAUCUCCAACGCCGACAGCACUCAACGCGUGACCAAUGAUUUCUACGCCACUGAGCAUACGGUGGACGCCGUGUUGGCCGCAGUGCCCCGACUCGUCACAGAGUGUCAACAGUUCUCGGCGGCCGCCAAAGCCAUUUGCGACCGAUGGCGAGACGUGUCCCAAAUGCUGGCCAAUCACCCGCAGAUACUGGAAGUGCUGGAAAUACCGCAACUCAUGGACACCUGUGUGCGCACCAAUUACUACGAAGAGGCCCUCCAGCUGUACGCACACGUCCAGACGCUGGCCAAAAGGCACGGCGAGUCGGUUCCCAUUAUCUCUAGUAUCGCCAAAGACGUGGACGUCUUCCGCGAGAUAAUGAUCGCCCAAUUGCUGAAAGACCUGUCGGUCAACAUUCAGCUCCAGAAUUGUCUCAAAAUUAUCGGUUAUUUGCGGCGAACCGACAAAUUCACGGAAACUGAGCUGCGGAUCAAGUUCUUGACGGCACGGGACCAGUGGCUGUCGUCGAUGAUCAAAGAGAUUCCGGCCAACAAUCCUCUCAUUCACAUUACGAAAGUGAUCGAAACAAAUCGCGUCAAUCUUUUUGAUAUCAUCACUCAAUACAGAGCGAUCUUCGCCGACACGGAUCAGAUCGUACCGCAACACUACACGUACUACGGGCUGACCACUCAGUCGACGGGCGGCAGCGGUGGCCGCGAUUUUACCGACGGCGCUAUAAUCAACAGUUGGGUACUGUUUAAAGUGAACCAAUUUCUGGACACAUUGCGUGCGGACGUGAAACGGUGUGUGAACAACGAGUUCGGCCACUAUUACCCCAUAGAGUCGAUCGUUGAGCCCGUCUUCUACUUCGGUCUGUCGAUGAGCCGAAUCGGCGCCGACUUUAGGCCUCAAUUGAUCCCAAUUAUAAACGACGCGAUCGCCGACCGAUUCGCACGCGUCGUCGCCGACGCCACACAUAAG